AUGAGCGUCCUUUCUAUUGGACCUGGUGCGAGCGUCGCGGUUCAUUCUCUUGCCAUUAACCCCGUCGAGCGCAACAGCAAGGUCGCCACCCUUAGUUUCCAUACUCUCCCUGUCUCUUUAUCUCAAGGUUCAAAAGAUCAAUGGAAAUUUGCGCUGCCCCCGGACGGGGAUGAAGACACCGUGGACACCAAACCCACUCUUAUACUGGAUACUCACUUCUCGGGUUUCACGCCUCUCCAACAUUCUGAAGAAGACAGCUGUGACGUGGACGUGAUCGCAAUAUCCGGUCUUGGUGGCCACGCUUUUGGUUCCUUCAAAGAAAGGGGCGGUUCAUUCAUGUGGCUCCGUGAUGCUCUGCCACUGGAUUUUCCCAAUGCAAGGAUCCUGAUCUAUGGUUACGACACUCGGCUAGUCCAAAGCAGCUCAUUCCAGAACUUGACAGACUUGGGUAGAGCCCUUCAGAUCGACAUGGAAGGCAUCCGGGUCAUCGAUCCUCGCAUCUCCACUUGA